UCCUCAGCAAAGCUUUACUUCUUAGCUUUGCGAACAGAAGUAAAGUAAAACGUGGACUCCGCGUAAAACCGAAUAGAAAUGACUCGCGAGCAUCACAAGCGACACAUCAUGUACAAGCAUUAUGUGCAAAGAGAAUAAUAGUGCGCGGGUGAAUGAGCAUAUAAAUUUAAAUUAAACUUGUGUUCUAUUAUUGUUAUUUUUUUUUUUUUUACCAGCAUACCUCAAUAAUUGUGAUUGACGAAAAUUAAAAAACGGUGGUUUCAAUUUUUUUUUUUUUUUUAAUGAUAGAGAAAAUUGUUGGUGAUAUCGAUUGAUUGUAAAUAAAUAAAUAAAGGUUUUAGAAUUUUUUAAAAUUGAAGAAAAAUGUAACAAAGCGAGAUGAAAAUAUUAGAGAGACACUGUAGUGAAAAAUUAUUGACGGAUGUGUUUCAUUCCAAUUUAUGAUUUUUAUUAUUCAGAUACACAGAAGUGAAAGGUAUAAAUCAACAGGUGUUUCGUGUUUUAAAAAAUACGCGCGCUUAAAUGUUGAGGAAAACGAAUAAAAACUAGUGAAAAAAAAAAAAAAAAACGUCGGUGAGUGGUACAGGACCAUUGGCAAUUUGUCAAAAGUCUGUUAAAUUUAUUGUGAAAUAAAAAAAAAUGUAAAAAAACGGAUUCGUACAACCUGUAAAAUCAAUAUACAUUCAUGUCGGAUACUAGUGUAUGUAAAAUGUCAUAUUGUGUCAGUGAUAGAUAAGUGACAUACCUAAACACAGGAUUGUUUUAAAUAAAAAUAUAUAAACGAUACUUGGAAAUUUAAAUCGUAAGAUUUAAUGAAUCAACUGUGUCAACAUUUUAUUUGCUAAAUAAAUUUUUAAAAAAAUUUUGUUUAUUUUCGGAUAAAUUUAAAUUGCCACCUUAUAAAUUACCUAGAAAUUUUUAAAAUAAAAAAUUUGUUAUACUCGUUCACUAGAAAAAUUUAUUUUUAAAUUACAAAAUCAUAGAAAAAUUUUUCGAUACAAAAAUAAAUAUUUUUUUAAUAAAAAAUGAAGAUAAAAAUUUUUUUUACUUAAAAAUAAUAAAAAUAACAACAAAUUAUUUUGAAAAAUUAAUUGUCACGAUGACUUUGGCCAUACAAAGAUCGAAGUAAUAAAUCGAUCAAAAAAAAUAAAUAAAUAAUAAAAUCCGAUGAAGACAAAAAAAAUCAAGAACAAGUUAAAUAAUGCAACGAUUGUGGUUACUAACUAUUGGCGAGAAUUUUAUGGAUCCUGGAGAAGCGAUACGUGCGUCAAGAGUGACAGCGCGUAAAAAAUUAUUUUAUUAUUAUUUGACUCCGUUAUCACGGACGAAAUUAUUUAUGAAAUUACGGACUUAUCAAAUAAAUAUUAAAAAUCGUUAAAUAUUAAUAAAUAUAUUUGUUAUAAAUAAAUGUAUUGGGAAUUUGAAAAAAAAUGUUGGACAUAUUUCGUGGCUUAAAAAGCCUACUCAAGAGUAAUAAUAUUCACACUGACACUUCUGUAUUUCGAUUGCACUACCGUUUCACCGUGAUAGGGCUGAUAGCAUGCUCACUUAUCGUAACGACUAGACAGUACGUGGGUAAUCCGAUAGACUGUAUACACAGUAAGGACUUACCUGAAGAUGUUCUCAACACUUAUUGCUGGAUUCACAGCACUUAUACAAUUGUAGCGGCAUAUAAGAAAAAAGGCGGCGUUGAAGUUGCAUUCCCAGGUGUUGAUAAUUCAAGAUCGUAUGCUGAAUCUGAGAGAAAGGAAUAUCGGUAUUACCAAUGGGUUUGCUUCAUGCUUUUUUUUCAGGCAAUAUUAUUUUAUACACCACGAUGGUUAUGGAAGGGAUGGGAAGGUGGUAAGAUUCACGCGUUGAUGAUGGACCUCGACAUCGGUCUCUGUUCUGAGGUGGAGAAAAAGCAAAAGAAGAAAAUGCUUCUCGAUUAUCUGUGGGAAAAUCUUCGCUACCACAACUGGUGGGCCUACCGAUAUUAUCUUUGCGAGGUGCUUGCCUUGGUGAAUGUUAUUGGCCAGAUGUUCCUGAUGAACCGUUUUUUUGACGGUGCAUUUCUCACAUUCGGCAUUGACGUUUUAAAAUUCCUCGAAUCUGAUCAAGAAGACCGGAUUGACCCGAUGAUUUUUGUCUUUCCGCGAAUGACCAAAUGUACUUUUUAUAAAUACGGAGUCAGCGGUGAAGUGGAGAGACACGACGCCGUUUGUAUACUUCCUCUCAAUGUCGUCAAUGAGAAAAUCUACGUCUUCCUGUGGUUCUGGUUUCUAUUACUCGGAAUUUUGAGCCUAUUGACUGUUAUAUAUAGGAUUGUCAUUAUUUUUUCUCCACGUACAAGAGUUUAUUUACUAAAACUACGAUUUCAUUUAGUAAAAAAAGACGCCGUGGAGACAAUAGUACGACGUAGUAAAGUUGGUGACUGGUUUUUACUUUACAUGCUCGGGGAAAAUUUAGAUACUGUUAUUUAUCGAGAUGUAAUGCAUGAGUUGGCCAACAAAUUGUCUACGAGGCAUCAUCACAAUGUCUCUACUAUCAAAGGGGAGCUACAGGAAGCUUGAUACAAGCACUGUUUCUUUAAAACACAACUGGAUUCAUCGCCCCCGUCGUUUUUACGGGACUUACUGAGUCAAUGACUCUGAUGAUACGAUUGAAUUUAUAUAUCUUAUAGGAGAAUAAAAAAAUACCAAUAUAAGACGAACAAGAUGAACGAGGAGUUGAAGUGAUACAAGAAAAAAUAACAGAUAUUACAUGACCCGGAAGUAACGUAAAACGAAACGAUUCCAAAAGAAGACAAUUGGAAAAUACGAUGUAUUGAAAUCCGAGUAAAGUAUAAAAAAAGAUAAAUAACAAAAUCCAUUAAAUCCACUGCCAGUAGUCUGGUAAACGAUCUAUUGACAUUUUUAUUGACUUUGAAUUUUUACGAUUGUAAUAAACGCUAAGACAAUUAAAUAAUAAUAAAUAAUUAUUUAUUUAUUGUGUAAAAAAAAUUGAAUAAUUAAUUAAUCAGUUGAUUAAUAAAAAAAAGUGCCAUUAAAGUGAGGGAUAAUUAAAAAAAAAUUAUCAAUAAAAUACUAAAUUAUUAUUUUUUCAUAAGAAUUAAUAAUUGAAAUAAAAAAUAAAAUCCAUUCUAGUCUUUUAUUUUAUAUAUAUAUAUUAUAUUGAGUUCUAGUCAUCGAGACUUUGAUGGUUAUAGUUUGUAGUUAUGAUUACGGUUAUGUUUAUGAUUACAUGUAAUGUAUGGACACGAUGGACUUGCAGAAGCUAAAGAACUUUUGCAGACAUAGCUAGCGGGAUAAUUGUUUUAAAAAUAUAUAUAAUAAUAAAGAAAACAAAAAGAUAAAGAUAAAUAAGGGAUUGAGAAAAGAUAAAAAUAUAAUAAAGUUUAAUGAAUAUAAAAAGACAAGUUAAAACUUUGAGAUAAUAGAAUGUUAUAACCGCGAAUUAAGAUUCUCUACAUGAUUAUUGUAAUUAUUGUAAUUGUUUCUUCGAUAACUUUUAGUUAUUUUUUAUUUGUAAAUCCAAUGGUAAGGAGGACCAAAGAUAAUUAUUUUAAAAACUUGAUAAUAAUAAUUAAAUAAAAAAUAAUGAAUAAAAAAAAAAUUAAAAUGCAAAUAAAGUAUACUAAUAAGUACUACAGUUGUUACUUGUAGUGUUAAACUAGUCACUGGAUACCGGUUUUUAAAAUUAAUAAAUGUUUUUAUUAAUAAGUUAAUUAUUGUUAUUAUCACUUAUUUUGUACAUAUUAAGGAUUAUAAAUUUUCUUUUUAAUUAUUUACAGAAAAUUUUAUUAUUAAGGGAGACUGGGUAAUAUGGGUACUGCCACGUGAUACCCAGAAACUUUGUCAUGAAAAAAAAUUUUUUUCGUGUUACCACCCGGGUCAAAAAUAAAACUUGAUUUAGACUUGGUUUACCAAGUCGAAAUUUGGAGCCGUUUUUCACAAGACAAAUUCGACUUUUUUUACGGAAGUAUGAAAUAUAUUAAGUUUUCGCCUUGGGUUAGACUUAACUGGCUUACUUAGUCACGAUUUAAGACGAAAAAGUUGAAAUCAAGUCGAAAUUGACUUGGUUUAGACUUAUUCGACUUAAAUUUUAAGACGAAAAAGUCAAGAUCAAGUCGAAAUUGACUUGGUUUAGACUUAUUCGACUUAAAAUGUAAGACGAAAAAGUCUAAAUCAAGUCGAAACUGACUUGAUGUAGACUUAUUGGACUUAAAUUAUAAGUCGAAAAAGUUAGAACUAAGGUGAAAUAAUGUUUAUAUAUUAAGGCGAAAGUAAGGCGAAUAAAUGACUUUUUUUCGACUUGGUUUAGCAAGUCAAAAGUAAUGUGAAUGACUAUCGUGCUCGAAGUAAAGACGAAUAAGUUGAAACUAAAAUGAAAAAAGUUCAAAAAGUUGAAAAAAAUUAAAUUUAAGUCGAAAAAGUCGAGAUCUUAUCAAAAAAUCGUCGGCAAAUCGAUAACUUCAAAAGAAAAUAAGGCGAAGCGAGCCUGAAUCAAGUUUUAUUUUUGACCCGGGCAUCUUGCCUUGGAAGUUUUUUUUUAUAAAAAAAUGUAAAAAUUUCUAUUAUUAUAAUUAACCCUAAUCCGGUCGCUAUUUUCAGCACUCGUAAACGUUGAACAUGGGUCAUUAGCGUCUGCCGGUUAUUUAAUUAUGUUAUUCUGUAAGGAAAAAUCUGAAUAAAUUCGUAAGUCUGCUUUGAACUUCUAACUAUGCGAUAAAGUUGUUACUAGCCCCGAAAAUCCUUUUUUUAAUAAACAUUUUCAUCAAAAUUCGGAGGCAUUUAGGCUGUUUACAGUAGAAUAUUUGGACACAAACGACCCAUGUUCCGAUUAGGGUUAAAAAUAUAUAUUUUAUUUAUGUUGAUAAAAAUUAUUUAUUUGGAAUGUGUAUUAAAAAAAAAAUUUAUAAAAACAUUCAUGUUAAUUUAUUAAAUUAACUGUAAAAUAAAGACUUACUAUGAAAUUAAAAAAAAAAAUGUAUUCUCAAUGAAUAAAAAAAGCUUUUACUUGGUAUUGAUUAAAAGCCAACUAAUAAAGAGAU